CACGGGGAGAGAGACAGAUGGAGAAAGUGAAAGAAUCCUGAGGAGAAAACACGGGGAAACCGAGAGAGAAGCGUACAGCCGUGAUAGAGGGUGAGGAAGAGAAAGAGAAAGAGAGAGAGAGAGGAGGAGUGGAUGGUAGAGAGCCGGAGACACAGCGCGCGGGAGGGAGAAAGAUGGCCUCGGUCACGGCGGAGAAUGGCUUCAGCACCGCGGACAGCUCCGGUAGAAUGAACGGACUCAACAGCGCGAUUCCCAUGAAAGAUCACGACGCCAUCAAGCUCUUCAUCGGUCAGAUCCCGCGCAACCUGGACGAGAAAGACCUCAAGCCUCUGUUCGAGGAGUUCGGAAAGAUUUACGAACUCACGGUGCUCAAGGACCGGUUCACCGGGAUGCAUAAAGGAUGUGCCUUUCUAACGUACUGUGCCAGAGAGUCAGCGCUGAAGGCCCAGAGCGCUCUCCACGAACAAAAGACUCUACCCGGGAUGAACCGGCCCAUCCAGGUGAAACCGGCCGACAGUGAAGGACGAGGAG